GUCUUUUUCCCUUCUUUCACCAAUUUCCAAUGGCGCAAUUCCGAAUCUCCACUUUUUUGAUCACGCUGUUGGUCGUGCUUUCCACAUUUACCUUUGUUUCUGCAAAGAAGGGUCCUUUGGUUACCAACAAAGUUUAUUUUGAUAUCAAGCAAGGUGAUAAAGACUUGGGUCGCAUCGUCAUCGGAUUGUAUGGCAAGACUGUUCCCAAGACCGUCGAGAACUUCAGAGCUUUAGCCACUGGUGAAAAGGGUUUCGGAUAUGAAGGCUCGACCUUCCACCGUGUUAUCAAGAACUUCAUGAUUCAAGGCGGUGACUUUACCAAAGGUGAUGGUACUGGUGGCAAAUCUAUUUAUGAUGGCGAAAAGUUCGAGGACGAAAACUUCAAGCUGACUCAUACCGGUCCUGGUGUUUUGUCCAUGGCCAAUGCUGGUAAGAACACCAACGGAUCGCAAUUUUUCAUCACUACAGUCAAGACCUCGUGGUUGGAUGGCAAACAUGUCGUCUUUGGCAAGGUUUUGGAAGGCAUGGAUGUUGUGACCAAGAUUGAGAAAACCGCUACUGGUUUCCGUGACAAGCCUAAGGUGGAUGUUAUAAUCGCUAAAAGUGGCGAGCUUCCUGUCGAAGACAUCGAACAUGUUGAGCUGUGACUUGACUGGGUCGAGACACUAGAAACAAGAGUCGACGUUUAUUCUAACUAAAAUAGAAAAAUAAAAUGCGU